AGCUGCAGCCUGAUUUUCAUGAAGCUUUCUACACUGAAGUUAGCGGAACCGGCGCGUUCCCCGGGGGUCGGCCGGCUGUCACAUGGCUGAAUAUGGGUGUCGACGGUCCAGUUGACCGGUGCAAGACGUGACGCCCGGGCUCAGGUCUUAGGCUGCAGUAUGGCUCAACAAUAACCCAAAAAAGAGGAACACAAAUCCCGGGACAAAGGUUAGCGUGCCGUGUGACUCUCUGGCGCUCAAGGGGAACUUUCACUUCUCCGUCAAGUUUUUCACUCUGCUCGGUGAAACUUCGCUUGUUUACGCGACUAUUCACGGAAACCUUCUUACAGGUUACUUCUUCACGCCGUUUGUUGUUGUAACGGUGUGAACAGCUGACUCACCCACGGAGGGCCGGGCUGCAGGACUCUGAGAUGUUUUGAUCAAAGACCCCUUCACAGUCUGAAGAUGAUCGGGUCCCCAGACCUGUUGGCCUUCACUGGCACUGAGGGGUUCGGUGAAGGAGAGGAGGACCAGGAGGUUUCAGGUCUACCUGAAGAACUGUCUGUCCCCCUUUUGCCUCCGUCUAACCCCUGGACCACCUCUGCACAGUUUCACAGAGACUUCAUCCUGGUGGCUGAGUUCUCAGAGCAGGUGGGACCAAAGCCUGUGCUGACAAUACCAGACGACCCCAGAGCCAUCGGAUCUUUUGACCUCAACCAUUUCUCUGUUCGCAUCAUGUCUGUGGACUACCAAGCAUCAGGCCCUGGCCAUGCACCACCGGCCUCCCCCGGCCCCCGCCUAAACUUCAGUGAGGACUCCAAAGUGGUCCUCGGAGAUUCUGCAGAGAACGCCUUCGCAUAUGUUCACCACAUGACCCUGUACGACCUGGAGGCUCGAGGGAUGGUGCGUCCAUUCUGCGUGGCGUAUGUGUGCUCAGAUCAGGGGAAACUGAUGGAGAACUACGCUGAGCUGUCGACGUGCUUCUCUCAGGCCGCUGACAGCCUGAAGACAGGAAACAGACAAGCCUUCUCUAUGGAGCUGCAGAGGAAAUUACAAGAACUGGAGUACACCCGGCUGACUCUGCAACAGGACCCAGACCGCUCAAGGACGGUAAACGGGUCCACAGAAGAAGAAGACACAGAGAAUGAAAUUGAAGCUGUGGAGCGUUCGAUUUCAAAUCACAGAGACCUCCUGCGCCAGGUCACUUCCUACCCCAACAGGAAAUUAAAACAGCCUGACUUCCUGCCGUACGACCCAGCCGACUCCCUCACUGAUUUGUCAGCAUUAAUGCCUCUCGAGCCAUGCCCCCCCUUCGCCUUCUUCUCCUCCGCCCCCUGCAGAUCUGACCGUGAACUGAAGCCUCUGCAGGAGCUUAGCAACUCCUACUUUCUGUCCCUGAUGAAGGAGCAGCUCGCCGAUACGGAGCGCCGCCUGCGUGGUGACAGGGGUGCGCUACGCACUGCCCGCCUCACACGCUCCUUGUCCAGGAAGCUCGAGCUGGUCAACUUCCUGUUUGAGCUGUGGAGCCCAGAAGACCGAGAGGAGGAGGAGAGAGAGAGCGCAGAGGCAGAGCAGCUGAGGGAGAUGGGGAAGAAGAGCAGCGUGGAAGAGCUCCAGUCAGAACCGAUGAGCCUGGAGUCGUUCUCCUCCUGCGUGGAGGAGAUUCCCAUCAAGCUGGAGGCGGUAGAGGCGGGGUCUGUGACCCCUGACCCUAACGUUCCCAUGGAGAUGACAGGAAGUUUGAGCAGUGGGGACAGCAUUGAGGUUCUCGGGACUGAGAAGUCUUAUCGGACGCAGCAUGUUGUUGCUGGAUCUGACAGCAGAGAAACAUCUGUAGGCAUGGUGGACUCCUCCUGCAGGCGAGCUGCAGUAGACGCGAGCGUCAGGCGUGUGCGAGUUUACGCCAGACGAGCGAACAGUGAGGACAGCAUCGAGGUGCUGAGCACCACCGAGUCCAUCUUUCCUGAAGACCUCACCGCCAUCACAGAGGAAGAAGCGGAGCACCAACCUCUGAGUAACGGCUUUGAGAGCCAGGAAGAGAAAGUGAGCGAGUGUAAAUCUAAUGAUGCCGUAACGGUGGAGGAGAAUUUGAAUCCAACGGUUUCUGUGAACGAGGACGAAACUGAAGAGGCGGUUGAAGAGGAAGUUGUUGGAGUUGAAAGAGAGGAGUCAUCAAAGCAAACUGCUGUCAAUGGUGAGAUUUUAACCAAAGAGAAGCAGGUCACUGAGUGUUUGAAGAGCGAUCUAAUCCAUGAAGACAAAGGUCCUGAGAGGGCACCCAAACCACUGCAAGUCGAAGAAGCGGUGGAGUCGAUGUCUCUCUGGUCUGAGGGUCAUCAGAAAGGCCCCAACCUCCACGUCUACUUCUCCCCUCCUGUUACCAUGGGGGAGGUUGAGAUCUGGACCCGACCCGGAGCUCCUCUCAGGCUGCUGAGCAUCGAGGAGGCCUCCGACUGCACCAGCUUCACAGGCUCCUCUGACCCCCCCUCUCCCACACAGAACAUCUACAGCAACAUCCAGUCGCAUAAGAGACGGAGAAGGAAGGCUGGACUCAGAGCGCUCAGGUUCCUCAAACAGAACUCAUUCUCCCAGCAUGCCUUGUUUUGUCUUCUGAGCGGACGGCCGCUGGUGGUCAUCGGAGGAGACGAGAGUUUGGUGAGGAAGAUGGUGGAUGCUCUGAGUCUCUUCCUGCCUGCUCCGGGUCCUGAAAGGAGCACGGUGAUGCCGAGUUUGACCGUCCCGUUACAGCUGACCGACCUGCUCAUCUGGCGGCUCAUCGGAAUACACAGAUCAUCCUCCAACUCUUCGUCCAGCAUCCUUCACUCCCUGUCUCGCUACAGUCGUUAUUUGGCGCUGUUGGACCUGGACCAGAGGACCCUGCACUGCCCCUCAUACUCCGGCUCUCUCAUCGGCAGACUAGCCAACCCCCACACCGGCAUCAGCCGGGGGAUCACCUACCUGCUGCACCUGGAGAGCUGUCUGACCGCACUGACCAACCAGGCCCUGCUGUACACAUUUAACCCUGCCGUGCGACACAAUCUAAAUACUGCUGAAAGGAAGAGCAGUGCAGAGAAGGAGGAUUCACCGUCAACACAAGGACUGUGUAGCAGUGAGAGCGAUUUGAGAGUGAUACAAUUCCUGUCUGACCUCAUCAGUCAGCGCCACGCAGGACGUGGACCGCCAGUUUUGAGAUUCUGCUUUAGCUCAGUGCACCUACACAGAAAUAUAAACACAACUUAAACACUGUAUGGACAAAAAACACUCCACUAUUUAUAAAGAUGGUCUAUCCUCAUAUCUGUAACCAAAUGCACUGAUUCCUUUAGAACUUUGACUGAUGGAGGACAUUUCCUGUCGCUGUGAACUCAUUAUGAUGCAUGUAUGUUUUUAUCUGCAGUGUUAGGUGAGCGUGUUUGUGCAUGAGUUUGACUUUCUGAUACUGUAGGAGAGUUUAUCUCUGGAUUACUGAACACAAAUGCACUUGACUAAAGACUUGUCCAUGCUGACAGCUUCCACAGCUUUAACACUGAACCUUUUAUGAAGCAUGAUGUUUUUAAAUGAAGGAUUAUUUCUAAAUCACAGGUGAACGCCUAUA